AGGACAUCUAAUAUAAAACCAUUAAAACGCAACUAUGUCUCAUUUAAAGGAUAUCGGCAUUUGUCAGUGUAAAUAUUGCUGGAGACUGCGAGACUUCAUGAAUCAUUUGGCGUUUUUUAUUGAAACAUUUAUCGUAUUAGGUUUAUCUAGUUUUCUUUGUUCAUCUUCAUCUUCAAAGGAAAUUCCAACAUGUGUUAAGUACGACAAUAAAUGUUGUGCAGGUUACAAGUGGAGUAUCGAAAUUGAUCAAUGCGAAAAAUGUUUACCUGGAUAUAGUGGAUUCAACUGUAGUCACCCAUGUCCUUAUCCUCAUUAUGGAGACGAGUGUCAAGGAAAAUGUGACUGUGACAACGACACUUGUGAUUUUUCCACUGGUUGUACAGUUGAUACCUCGAGCUCUGAUAUUGGAACUCUAUCUUCGCUUAGCAAAGUAACAGAAAUAGGAAUAACUGAAAAUAAUACUGUUUUGGGAACAAAGAGUUCUACUGAUUUUCCAGUCAGAAAUUCUUCCAGUGUAAAUGAUUUUCUCCUCGUUCUAAUAGAGACACUAGGAGGUAUUGAUGUUUUAUUUAUAUUUGCUCAUUUUUUGCUGUACAUUAAUGACCGAAGAAAUAGAACUGAUAUAAAUAGAAUGGAUACAACUAUCAAUCAUCACCGAACAAGCAACGUAUAUGAGAAUGUCGAUUUUGAUAUACCAUCAACAUCAGAUUUAUGAAACCAGUUUCUCCAUUGUUUUUUAUGUUAUGUAAAUUGUUUUUGAUU